AAAGAAAAGCAGUCGUUCACCAUAUCGACUGAUCAUACUUUGGCAGAAACACAUCGCUAGCGCUGCAACACCAAAAUCUCAUUGGGGAGAGAGAGAGAGAGAGGGGGGGAGGGGAAAGAGAUAGGAGAAAGAAAGGGAGAGAAACAUAUACAUUUCUCAAUGGAGACUGUUUCUAUUUUAUUCUACGUAAUUCUCUUUCUCUCCACUCUUCUUUCGUAUCCUUUCCUAAGGAAGCAAAAGAGAGGACUGAUUCCUAUGAACAGAUUUAAGCUUCCACCAGGCUCAAUGGGUUGGCCAUAUGUUGGAGAAACUCUCCAACUCUACUCUCAAGACCCAAAUAUCUUCUUUUUAACAAAACAAAAAAGAUAUGGAGAGAUUUUCAAAACCCACAUACUUGGUUGCCCUUGUGUCAUGCUGGCUAGCCCCGAAGCUGCAAGGUUUGUGCUGGUGACUCAUGCUCACUUGUUCAAGCCAACGUACCCCAAAAGCAAAGAGAGGAUGAUCGGCCCUUACGCGCUGUUCUUUCACCAGGGUGAAUACCACAAUCGACUACGGAAGUUGGUUCAAAGCUCGCUAGCCCCUGAUACCAUCAGGAAGCUAAUUCCUGGUAUCGAAGACAUAGCUGUUUCUGCCCUGGAGUCGUGGGCUGGCUCUGGACAAGUUAUAAACACCUUUUAUGAGAUGAAGAAGUGCUCUUUCGACGUCGGCAUUCUUUCCAUUUUUGGUCACCUAGAUAGAGGCUACAGAGAGAACUUGAAGGAGAACUACCGUAUAGUAGAUAAAGGUUACAACUCUUUUCCUACAAACAUUCCUGGGACUGCAUAUCACAAAGCACUCCUGGCUAGAAAAAGAUUAAAUCAGAUUCUGGGUGAAAUAAUUUGUGAGAGGAAGGAGAAAAGGCUGGUGGAGAAAGAUCUGUUGGGCCAUUUUUUGAACUUCAAGGAUGAAAAGGGGCAAACUUUGACUGAGGAUAAAAUAGCCGAUAACAUCAUUGGAGUACUUUUUGCUGCCCAGGACACCACAGCCAGUGUUAUGACAUGGAUUCUCAAAUUCCUCCAUGAUGACCCCAAACUUCUAGAAGCUGUUAAGGAGGAGCAAAAGGCGAUAUACGACUCAAACGAUGGAGGAAAGAGGCCCCUAACAUGGGCACAGACAAGGAGCAUGCCUCUUACAUAUAGGGUUGUACUAGAGAGCUUGAGGAUGGCAAGCAUCAUAUCUUUCACAUUCAGGGAAGCAGUAGCUGAUGUGGAAUACAAGGGGUACCUGAUACCGAGGGGUUGGAAAGUGAUGCCAUUGUUUAGGAACAUUCAUCACAAUCCAGAAUUCUUUUCUGACCCUCAUGAUUUUGAUCCAUCUAGAUUUGAGCAGGUAGCUCCAAGACCCAAUACCUUCAUGCCAUUUGGCAACGGUGUUCACGCUUGCCCCGGCAACGAGCUUGCCAAGCUGGAGGCGUUCAUUUUGAUCCACCAUCUGGUAACAAAAUUCAGGUGGGAGGUGGUGGGUUCUCAAAGUGGGAUUCAAUAUGGCCCAUUCCCAGUCCCUCGACAGGGACUCCCAGCCAGAUUUUGGAAAGAUUCCAGCAGAGAUGUAUGCCCUUUAGUUAGAGAUUUGGGAAAGAAUUCAACCAGCAUUGAAGCAACAAAACUUUUCUGCUCCUGACCAAACCCUACUAUUUUUCACCAUGGGGUUUAUGGGUCCAUAUCGGCUUUAUCCUUCAUGUUAUUCUUGCAGCUAGUAAUUGUAACUUUUAUUAUGUAUAUUAAUCAUUAUGUAGUAAUAAGGAAAAAAAAGAGUAUUAACGGGAAAAAGAAAUCAUAUUCCCAACUUUCUGAUCUCUAUAUCUGUAGCCAUGCGUGAUUGUUAUGUAACUUUCAUUUUAACUAUAAAAUAAAUAUGAGAAUUAGUAGGAAAAUAUUGCCAGCUUGCCACCCGCCAUGACCCUCUGGAAAAAAAACACGUGUCUACUAGUGCAUCUUGAUUCACGUGGCAGUCGGCAGAAGUGGCCUUAAAUAGGCGACGUGUCUGUCGUUUCAAUUUGCCCGUGUAAAAAAAGACAGGUGCCCUUGGCUGGAGGGCACAUUCUCUGUUAACGGCACAAAACUUUGGUGACAACUGAGGAGAGGUGGGGGGUGGCCUCAUGGAACAAUUCACGUCACAACGAGCCUACCUCUAUUUUGGGUACAAAUACAAUGGGCCUACCUAUAUAUCUUUCAACUUCGAAGGCCAAGGUGCCUUUGCCGGUGUCCCCAAUGCACGUUCUUUCCUAAGCCUCGAAUCUGCUUGCGAAUGAGGGCACACUCUUGUUGAAUGACCUAAUAACCAAAGGCAGUGCACCAACAGGUGGCCCAAAGCACUUGGCCCCCACACUUCAUCUGGAAUUUUCCGACCAGUUAUCCCUUCAAGCAAAAGUGAUUGCUUAA